GCCCUUGUGGUGGUUGUCGCUCUCCCGCCAUGGAGGCCAGCUUGGUCCGCGCCUUCGGAGGCCUGAGCCUCCAGCCACCCGAAGCCCAAAGCCGAGGGCGCGGCCGCAGGCACCGCUUCAGCAAAAGCCUCUAUUUGCUCCGUGGGUUGCCGGGCUCCGGGAAAAGUACCUUGGCCAGGCAACUGAAACGUGAAUUUCCCAGUGCAGUCAUUUUUAGCACUGACGACUACUUCUUCACAGAGGAUGGCAGCUAUGUUUUUGAUCCAGAUUGUCUGGAAGAUGCACACAAGUGGAAUCAAAAAAGAGCACGUAAAGCAAUGAAGAAUGGGAAAUCCCCAGUUAUUAUUGAUAAUACCAACAUCCACGCUUGGGAAAUGAAGCCAUAUGUGAGAAUGGCACUUGAAAACAACUACGAAGUUAUAUUUAGAGAGCCAGAUACACGCUGGAAAUUCAAUGUCCAUGAACUCACAAGACGGAAUAACCAUGGUGUUCCACGGGAGAAGAUACAGCGGAUGAAAGAUCAGUAUGAGCAUGAUGUUACUUUUCACAUUGUGCUUCAUUCUGAAGAGCCAGUCAGACAUUUUACCAGGCCUUAUGAAGAGUACAAUACAAAUUAUGCCCUUCUGAAUUCAACAUUCCCCAGCAGAAGAGUGAACAGCAAUGCUGCAAAUGAAAGACCUUUUAGUAGGCGAAAUGGGUUCAACAGGGUGUUUUAGGAUUUUUAUGUAGUUCUAAAAGAUUUGGGGCAAAAUCCAAUUUUAGUCCAAACCAGAGUAGAUCUCUUGAAAUUUAUGGACCUACAUUAUUAACCGCCUUAGGUCCUUUUGAGAAAGUUGGGGUAAAAAUAUUUUGAAUAAAUAAAUACUAACAAGUCCAGUUAAUUUAAGUAGGCCUACUCUAGUUA